UCCCAGGGUUAGUAGAACUAAUUUGUUCACAAAGAGAACCCAAUCCAAUCUUACUCUUGAGUUCAAGUAACCCACCGUAGUAAAUGCAAUUUUCCACCCAAUUUAUUGAGUAAAAACAUUAGCUUUUCUCAACUAGUGGUAAUCAUGAGUCGGUUGAGCAAGGUGUUCCAAGUUCUUUUCGUUCUAAUUUGUUCAGGGUGUUGGACAAAAAACCACGUCCAAGGAGCAACUGAGUACUAUGUGAAGAGUCCUGUUUGCCAGAUGCCCGCCGUGGAUCCCUUUUCGUGGGACACAAUGAAAGACUUCCACAGGGAAAAGAUAAACCUCUGCCACAACGACAGGGAUUUGGUGACAAGUGAGUUUGACUUUGAGACACAUCAGUACCGACUCCAUAUACACGAGCACCUGGCAAAACCAAUUCUCAACACGAAGGGCAAUGCAACAUUGGAGUGCGAGUAUAAAGAAAUAGCGAGGGAUAACUCCGCCGAACAACCAGACGAUGCCUAUUAUGAGUUCGAAAGCAUUCCCUUUUCGCAACACCAAAGUGUUCCGAACGACAUGGACUUCAUGAUCACCAGCUGCUAUGUGAAGGAUGUGAAAAACCAUCGAAAGCUUGUGCAAAGGAAUGCAAUGUCCUUCGUCGAGGAUCAUCUGACCAAGAUGGAGGAAAAGGAGUUCGUGGAGGAGCAAAGCGAGCACUCCAGGCCGAGUGUCCUCAUAAUGGGAUUGGAUUCCACAUCGCGCAUCAAUCUCCGACGGGCAAUGCCAUCCGUUUUCGAUUUUGUGAGUCAACCGGGAUGGUUCGAGAUGCAGGGAUACAACAAAGUGGGUGAUAAUACCUUUCCCAAUCUUCUCGCCGUGCUGCUGGGAGAUUCCGAGGAAGGAGUCCGCCGUAUUUGCGAUGCUGAGAAGCCAGGCUGCCUCGACAAACUUAACUUUAUAUGGAAGCGUUUCAAGGAGUUCAACUACACUACAGCCUUCGCCGAGGAUUGCAAAUCUAUUUCUACGUUUAAUUAUCUAAAACCGGGAUUUAGCAAACAGCCAACGGAUUACUACCUUCGUCCGUUUUUGUUGGCCAUCGAAAGUCAGUUGAAUGUGACUCUGGAUUAUGGAUUCGCAUUCUGCGUGGGCCGUCAUCUCAGCUUCAAUUACGUUUGGGACUUUGGCCAGCAGUUCAUCGAUCGUUUUUUGGGCAGAUCCCCAAUGUUUGGAUUCCUGUGGAGCAAUAGUUUCACUCACGAUUAUUUCACAGGAGCCACGGCGCUCGACGGGCUUUUCUUAAAGUAUCUGAAAUCCUUUGAGGAAUCCGGUCUCUUUGGGAAAUCCAUUGUGAUUCUGAUGAGUGAUCACGGCCAUCGGUUUAAUACUUUGCGACUGGCAGCAAGUGGUUACUUUGAGGAGCGAAUGCCCAUGAUGUUUAUAUACCUUCCCCUUUGGUUCAGGAGGAAAUAUCCCCAUUUGGUGGAGAAUCUCAGAAAGAACCGCAAUCGCUUGUCCUCAAAUUACGAUGUUUACAUGACCCUGCAGCACUUGCUCCAGUUGGACAGCAAAUCCAUGGAUGAUUUCCCAGAUCAUCUGAAGGCAACGCAGUGCAAAAGCUGUCAAUCACUGUUCUUUGAGCUGCCCUUCAAUCGCACUUGCCAAAUGGCCGGAAUCGAUGAGAAGUGGUGCUGUUGUCAGCCCGCAGAAACAAUAACGAAGACUCCCACUGCCAAGAUUAUUGCCAAGGCAAUUGUGCAGCAAAUGAACGAGCAUUUAAGGAGCCACAAUCUCACAAGACUUUGCCACGAUUUCGAAUUCAAACAAAUCCACAAAGCUGACCGCAAAACCAUCCUAUCAACUGGUCUUAAGCCCGCUGAUAAGGACGAUCACGUAUACAUUAUUUCCUUCGAAACACUUCCCAGAAAACCCCUCUUCGAAGCCACUGUCCAUUGGAAUAAUCGAACUCGGGAGUUGCGUCCCAUAAAUGUGGAGGAUUUGAGUCGGUUGAACUCGUACAAAAGAGAUGCCAAAUGCAUAAAUCAAAAGGCGGCCAAAAAGUUUUGUAUUUGCAAGGGCAGAGUAAAAAAAACCCAAAAACAUUAGCAAACAAUAAAUAUGAAUUACUGUAAAGAAAUUAUGAGGAAAGAAAUUAAUUCUUUUAGGAAAGGUUCAACCAAUUAUUCAUUUUAUCCCUAGGGAAUGGUAAUUUAUUUCCCCAAACUCAUACAACAUUACUCAACUUUAUGACAGCUGUAGUUUCCAGGGGAGAAUUCAGUGGCACAUUAGCUACCAAAAUCAAUAUAUACACAGUAAGCCCUCGAGUAAAGUACCAAUACAGUGCAGCUACUUCAGGCUUAUCUUAAUUACACACUCUGACCGAUUGAAACGACUGAUUGAUGAACCGACAUUCGUUACCAGUGCAGGGAAACUCCUUUCGAUUUUGAUCUUUGACCUCGUCGGCCCAUAGCCAAAAUGACAAAAACUAAAAUUGAGUAAAUAAGUACUGAUAAGAUUGAAAUAUUAUAGUUGCGUAAUCUAUACGAGUAGCGGGCUUAGUACACUUGUUCCCAACGAUAGACAAAAAUAUACGAUAAGAGGGAUGAGUGAUGGUAGAUACAUGAUUUAUGGACUUGGUUCAUUUUGGGUCACCAAGCAGUAAAAUCAGAACUGAAUCUCUAUUGAUAAGACACCUAGAUUAAUGGGGUAUGCAGGUAGGUAA